AGAUUCUCGGAAUUGGAAAAUGGCUGAAGGUGGUCAACCAGAAUUAUCAGAACAAGUAAAAAUCAUUAAAAGGUGUGUCAACAAAAAGCUUAAAAAGGGAGAUAUUUGGUAAGUGAAGAUUUUGUAAUUGUAUUUUAUGGAUUUUUAUAAUAACCUUAAUUUGUAUUAUGAUUAUGUUACAUUUGAUGCUCGCAACUUGCAUCGUCAGUGGGAGGGUGUACAGUAAGCGGAGUGAAUGACAACAAACAGAACAAUAAAUAAUAAAUUGUAAACAAAACACGAACCAAACAAAUCACUAUAACUAAAUAACUUCCACAUCGUUUUUAAUUGUUAUUACUUCUUAAUUGCAUUUCUUAUCUCUAAUAGGUAUCUAAUAAAUACAAACUGGUUCACACAGUGGAAGGCGUUUGUUGGAUAUGACAAUCUUUUAGAUUUAAAAUCAAGUUAUAUAGAAAUUGAAAGUAUUGAAAGUGAAACAAGUAAAUCCAUUGUAAGUGAAAGGACCUGUCUGUCUCAAGUACCAGUAUCAGGCUUUGAGAAGUCUAUGGAAAUUUACCCUGGGCCUAUUGACAACUCAUCUUUGUAUAAAAGUAUUUAUUAUAUAUAUUAUAAUAUAUUAUUUAUUUUCUAAAAUUAAAAUGCUUAUACUUACAUAAUAUAAAUAUAAGUAUAAGCAUUGAUUGAUUGAUCAUAGCUUUUCUUAAUUUAAGUGCAUUUUAAAAAUUAUUUUCAAUUUUUUUUCCAUAUUUUCCAUGCCUGUCUGCACAUUACUUGUAACAUUAUUGAUAGAGGGUGUGGGUUAGUUAAUAAAUCCAUUAAAUUAAAUUGGUUAUCCAAAUCAAAAUAUAUGGAAAAUAUGACCAAUAAAUAAUUUAAAAAGCAAAUUGUUUUUAACAUACAUUGAUAUUUAUUAGUACUUAAUUUAAUAAUAUUAAUCUUGAUUAUAACAGUGUGAGAAUCUCUGAAAAAGUCUUUGCGUUUGUUUUUCUCUUAUAUAAAUACAAAUAAUUGUUUGCUUUUUUAAUUAAUAAGUUGCAACACCUCACCAAAUUUGAGAUUUGUAUCUUUAACACUAAACAAUUUAUAAUUAUUUUUCACUCCAAAAAUGCGAAUUUUAUUGAAUAUAUAAUAUAGGAAAAAAUAAAACCAUUAUUUAAAUAAUAAAAUGCAAUUCUAAAGCAUAUUUUAUAUUUUUAUUUAUUAGUUUAUAAUAUUUUCAAUAAAUUCUGUAUAUUAUAUUGAGAAAUAUGAGUGUAAGGGAUUAGGUGAAAUGUGAAUUUUAUUGAAUAUAUAAUAUAGGAAAAAAUAAAACCAUUAUUUAAAUAAUAAAAUGCAAUUCUAAAGCAUAUUUUAUAUUUUUAUUUAUUAGUUAAUAAUAUUUUCAAUAAAUCCUGUAUAUUAUAUUGAGAAAUAUGAGUGUAAGGGAUUAGGUGAAAAAUAAGUCAGUGGUAAAAAAAAAUGUGUAUUGAGGUCUGCACGAAAAAAUUCAUAACUUUUGAACAACUUGAGCUAGAAAGUUGAUCUUGUUGUUUUUGUAAACCAUUUAUUCAAUUGGUCCUAUGUAACUGUAUCACAUUUAUAUUUUUAGAAGUAUCUUGAAAAUUUCACCAAAGUAACUAUCUAUAGUCAUAAUCAUAGAGACAUGGUAGUUUAAGAGGAACUUUCUAAAGCUCAAUCAAAAAUAGAACAAACUAGUAAAUGUUUCACUUCCCGGGGCUCCGGUUGACAUGUCUGUGGUGGCUUGCUGAUUAGGAGGCGACGGCCACUGGAUCCCCUCGUCGUUACCCGGGCAACAAAACCACUAUUGCGUGUCCAGCGUGGGCAGACAAGGGACAUGCAUGGUACCUGCCGCAAUUAAAACAGCACCUGAAGGGCUGCCAACUGCGACAUUUUACACUUGGAAGUAAAGGCAGAAACAGGGUAGGGACCAUGAUUACAAGUUGCCGCUAAUGGAUUUGAGGCGAGGGACUAAAGUGGAAGUCUCUGGCCUAUGAUUCUAUUUUCCGCAGCCCUGAGAAUGCUGCUCAUAGGCAACCAUUUUGUCCUAGCUACUUCGCAAACUAGUUGCGUGGUGGAAACCCACUGUAGAAACCCUCUUAAAGGGCGUCCGACGCUUCCCCAGGAUGGGUGGGGGAAGAUAGAAGAUAUUAGGUUUUAAAUUUACCAUCCUGACUCCAAGGAAAGUCGAUUGUGUGCACUGUGUGUACGCACAGUGUCGGACCGACCGGGUGUUCUUGGGUUGGAGCGGCCUCCAGCCGAACGCGAUCGAGCAGACUUGAGUGGGGGCUGUCCUGGCAAAUGGACAUCUUCAAUGUGCCGCUUCGCGGCCUGAUAACGGCUUAGGGGGGUUGCUUUGUGGAGGGCAUAAAGAGUUUUAGCUCUACGGCCCACUGAUGCCAUUUCCUAAUGUGAUAUUUCAAUAAAUGUCUCAUACUAUUUAAGCUUUGACCUUCUCAAAAAAGAAUUUGAUGUUAACUCAUAAAAUAAGAGCAACAACUGCAGCACUUCUUUUUUAAUAUAAUUUUUUAAAUAUAUAAUCUGCUCCAAACUACUAAAUUAUUAAAUUAUUUUGUUUUAGCACUGUUCCAGGGUUGUGAAAGUAGGGGUGGCAUGGGAAAGAGAAUAGGGUAGGGAGAAUCUGGAAGUAAAAGGGAGUGAAGGAGUUUAGAUAAGGAUAUUAGGAGAGAGAGGAUAAUAGGAGCGGUUGGAGCUAAGAGAUCUAAGGGAGAAAAUAAUUUAGGGUUAAUCAGAAUGUUUUGGAGAAGGAUAGUCAGAAAUCUUUUUAAAAGAUUUGUAAUAAUCCUCUUUGAAAUUUGACUAAGUAAUUGCACUUCUUUCUCUCAAUUUUGGCAUUUAAAAUGAAUAGUAUUAACACUAUUUCAAACUAUUUGCAAUUCUUUCUCUCAUUUUUUGGCAUUUAAAAUGACUUGUAUUAACACAAGUUAAACUAAUACCAUUGAAAUUUGAUGAGCACACAAAAUUUAAUGCUAACAAUAGGAAGCCAAGCAAUUUGGUAAAAUACAACAUGUGGCAGCCUUUGAAUUUUUAAAUAGGAUUUGUAGUUUUUUAGCUACACAAGUAGUCUUUGGUAAGUGCUCAACACCAUAAUGUUUUUUUUUUAUUUUGCACCUAUUAACAUUUAUGUGUGCAAAGUCAAUCUAAACCAUAUCAUUAACGGUACUUUAAGGUCAAAUUGUUAAAGAAUACAUUUUUCAUACAUUUUCAUUCACACUUGACUUUAAAGUAGAUAAGACCUUUUCUUUUCUUUUUGUUAAUCAGCUGAAGAAAAAGUUUUAAGAGAAGGGCUGGUACAAAAUGUGGACUAUGAAGUUUUGCCUGUUGAGGCAUACACACUUCUGGCAUCUUGGUAUGGGACAAUGAAGUUGCAGGUGAGUUAGGAGCUAUGUUAAGUGAAGUGCUCAAAAACAUAAAGUAACCUUCAGCAAUUAAUCGACUGCCAUUAGGUCUAUAUAGCAAUUGUUUGAGUUGCGAGGUAGUAAGAGUUAUUGAUUAUAAUUAUAACCAGGUGAAGAAAUAUUAGUUACUUCCUUACUGGUUCACAAACUUUUGAACUUUUGCACCUGGAUGGGAGAAAUUAGACUCAUUGGCAAAACUUUCUUGAAUUGAGUUGCAACAUGACCAUAUCUAUUGUUUUUGAAAUUAUCAGGCACAACAGAAUUUUAGAAAAGAAAUUAACCUUUAAUUUAAAAAAAAGCAUUUUUUGGUCAUUUUUCACCUCAUCUUAAGUGGUCCUGAGAAAAGCUACUGAUGUUCCUCUCUCCCAUACUGACUAUGCAACCUGGUACAUGUCUUUAUAUCACUCUAGUUAAGACCCUGGUGAAGUAGCCUAAUACACACACUUAUUUUAAAUUUAAUUAAUCAUAACCAAACUCCACCCCCAUCCUUAAAAAAUUGAAAUAAAUAUGAGUACAUACAAAACUUGAUUAUGUUAAUGCAUUGAAUGUUUUAAUAAUAUCUUAAGCCACAUAAUUAGGGAGAAUUUUAAAAUUAUAUUCCGUUGUUUUUUAAAAUUGUUUCUGUUACAUUUUGUUACUAAUUGAGUUUAUUAUUUACAAACUUGUAGCAGCCAAUUAUGAGAAAGGUGAUUGAAGGGGCUGAUCCGAAGAAAUUACAAGUAGAGAUCCAUCUCUUAGAACUGAAGUUAUGUCAUAAUUUUGAUACAUCAAAUAUUGUUACCAUGGCAUUCAGCAAAUCUGAUAGCAUUGGUAAGAUCAUAUAGAUAAUACAAAAUUGUUUUCAAAAUUAAUAAUAAGUAGGCCUAAAUACAUAACAAAAGUGACAAAAUAUUAUUUGUUAUAAUCCUUACUUUCUUGAGAAAUGGGGGAAAUCAAUUGUCCAAAGCUCCUCCCAGCUCUGGAGAAAAUAAGUUAAAGAGUAUGAAUUUAUUACUAGACUACUAUUUAGGUAAAACUACUUUAAUAAGAACAAUCUGAAACAGAAAAUGUUAAUGACCUGUACAAAAAAUCUGUAACGUUUUCAAGAAAGAUUGAGGAAAUGUAUGAUGUCAUUUUAUGUUUCUUUUUAUUUUCUGUAGUAAAUAACACAGCAUGGUGUAUAGGAGACCUAAUUAAAUAAGUGAUUUUGAAAAAUAAAAAGCUCUGCUGCUAUUAUUUUGUCAAAUUUAAUGUCAGUCACCUUCAAGUAUGUUAAAGUUUAUUUAGUAGCAGCACAUUUUGACUUUGACGAUACAUUGAUUCUUAAUGCAUUUGUCACAUUUUGUAAUUGAAGUUUCAAUUUAAUUUAAACAUUUUUAUACAAAUAUCUAAAAUCAAUUGCAAGCAGCAUCAAGAUGCAAUAAGCAGCCACAAGGUAUAUGUUGCAUUGGAGACUUUUCUAGUUUCAAUAUGUUUAUAAGAUGAUAAAAAAAAUUUUUUCAUUAAAUUUUUUGCCAAAUAAUGUUAAUUUUUUUGGCAAUCAAAUCAAUCAAAUGUUAUAUUUAGAUACUGUUGAACAUGUGAUGCGGCAUAGUUUUAAGAUACCAGACAUGAGGGAUGUUAGAAUGUGGAUAUGUUACUCUGGGAAAUCUCAAGAUCUUUUAAAUAGAAAGUUAUGUACAGUACAGGAUGCUGGCUUGCACUUAGCUCAGGUAAAUUCCAAUAUUUGAUUAUUAUACUAUGUCUGUGCUUUAGUUUACAUUUGUUCUGUUAGAAUAUUUUCAUUGUCUGUUUUUUUAUAAAAAUUGUUUGAAAUACGCAUAAAAACUAUUUAGUCAGUAUUAUUAAUGUAAUAAGAAAAAGAAUUAUCCCUUGAAAUUCCAUUAUUACAGAUGGUUGUGGCAGAAUCUAAAAUUUUUGGUUCACCAUGGCCAAAAAUAUCAGGGAAAGGUCAUAUGAAAAAAUCAAUAAAAAUGUAAGUGUGAGGAAAUUUUAAAUAAAAUCAUAAGAUAUUAUACAUUUUUGUUAUAAUGUUGUUUACGGCAUAUGCUGUUUGUGAAUUUUAAAUUAAACUCCAGUACAAAACAUUAUUCAUAUUAAUGAGGAAUUUGGGAGAGAUUUUUUUUUUUUAAAUGUCAAAAACAAAUUGUAUUGGUCUUUUUUAAAACUAAAAAAAGUUACUGGCUACCGACAAUUUAAGUUGUGUAAAUAAAACAAAGCAACUUUUUUAAAGACUAAAAAUAAUAACUUUACACUCAAUAGACAUAGUCAUGAAAUAAGAGUAUUAUGAAGAAUAUAUUUUAUACAAAGCUUAUAUUUUAAAUUUAUUUUUUAUCUUGGAAAAUACAUUUUGCUGGGGCAUUAUUUUUGUUUGUGUGAAUUAAUUGAGUCUAACACACUGGAUUUCAAAGUGGGCUGUAAAAAUUGGUCAGUGGUGGGGAGGGGCAGCUGAAAGGUUCUGUAGAUGUAUGGGGGCAUUGGGAUACCGAAGGUGAUUUUGGAUACAUAUAUGAGUGAUAGUUUAUUAGAACUAUCUAAGUUGUGAUUCAGCAUUAAAUGUGAGUUACCUUUAGGCAUCAGGGAAAGAAAAUAUAAUUAUGUCACAUUCGGAGAGAAAAGACCUUUGAUCUAACUUUGAAACAGAGGUACCAGCGGCCAUUAACAAAAAAAAUUAUAAACUAAGCAAAGUGCUGUGAACAGACAACAUUAGUUUUAGUAAAUGGAGUUUGCAAAAUAGCAGAAGAUUGUGAAGUAUGUUUUAUAAUGGUCUCAACAAAAUGUUUAUGGCUUGUUGAAUUAUUCUACUUUAAAAAGUAGCUAUAUGACUUGAUCAAGUUUAUUAAAGUAAAAAGCUUCAUUUGUUUAUUAAUUAAAUAUUCAAAUAUAUGACAGGGCAAAGAAAAGGAUGCCUGUGCAUAGCCAAAAAUGGGGAGUGGGUUUGUGGUGACAGGAAAAAUUAGAGAACCACUGUUCCCCGCACCAAAAUGAAUUCAUUUGUUUACCUGUUGGGGAGAGAUAUAAAAUUUGUUUUCCUGUUCUGGAAUUUUUAUUCAAUACAUUGUUUUAAUUACAUAAGGAACACUUUUUAAUUGUAUUUUGUAUUUUCUAAUCUCAUUAGUGAACAAGCCAAAGCCAGUGAAGAUUUAUCCCACCUCAGGUAAAUAUUUUGUUUAAUCUGUUAUUUAUUUGUGGUAUUUACUGUUAAAUAGAUUAAAUAGAUUUAUAUAAAGUAGUAUAAAAGCAUCAAAAUUAAUAUUUAACAUUAUAUCUGAUUUGGUCAUCUCUUUUUUUCUUUUCAAACAUUUUGGUGUCGAGUAUUGUAGAGUUAAACUCAUUGCAGUAUGUGGUGAAUAGAACGUCGUCUAAGAGUAGGUCCCCUUCAUAUGGCCACAAAAACAAUGUAAGAGUCUGGAACUAUGUUGCUGUCUCCUAACCUUAAAAGACUAAGGUGUACUGUCAGGUCAAAAAAAAAUCAAGAGGCGGUUUAAAAUGUUCAGUAUUUUUUAAUUAUGUAUACACUGUAAAACACAAUCCAGAACACUGACUAACUGCCUGGCAUUCACAACAGAAAAAAAGAAUUUCCUGUCCACAAUAAGAAGAAGCACUCAACUCAUCAAAAUUAUAACUCUCUCCUAUUUUAAAAAAAACAAAGUCUUCAGCUGCUCACCAGAUGUAAGCACUUUUUUUACCCCACAUGGUUUUUUUGCCAACACACCGCUGCGGUCAGACGUUUUAUGUCGCUGAGUAAAAUUUGAGUGAUAAAAGAGGAAAUAACUAAAGGAAAAAAAACCAACCAGACACAUAAUUACAUCACAUGAUCUGACUGUAACACAGUAUACAUAUGAAUUAAAUUUUGAUAGCAGCAAUAAAAAAAUUUGUCAAUUUUAAGUACAUUUAUUCAAAAAGAUAUUUUUUAAAUUUGAUUUUCAGUAUCAAAGAAGAAACUUCUCCACUUCUAAUUGAGAAAAAGAUUGUAGGGCAAAGUCUAGGAGCAAGCUUAAAGAAAGGCGAAAUUCGGUAUGAAAAACAAGAGUAUAAUGAAUGACAGAACCUUUUAUUUGCACAAAUGCAUAGAUUUAAAAAAAUACUUUUGUUAAUUUUUUUUAUUUCAGAUAUUUAAUAGAUGAGACUUGGUUUAAGUUGUGGAAAAGAUAUGUUGGGUUUAAUCUGUGGGACAGUGCACAAGGUCCUACUUUGUCUCCUGGGCCAAUUGACAACAGCUUAUUAAUUAUGAGUAAGAGAUUAAUUAAAAUUUUCUUGUAAAUUAACUUGAAUUUAAACUAUUGAUUGAUUAAAAUGUAUUAAUUGGUCAAUAAACAAAAAUAAUUAAGGCCAAAUAAAUAAACAAGAUCAACAUGUGCAAUAACUAUUAGUUAUUUAAUACAUUUUUUAUAUGUAAACAAUAAUUGCUAUACUUUUUGCAAAUUUAAUUAACAUGCCAGAAAAAGCAAGAAUUAAAGUCCAAUUUUCUGAAACUCUUCACAAUUAAUAAUUUAAAUAACUUUAGAUUUUCAUUGCAACUAGAUCAUUAUUCUUUGACUAUCACACAGCUGGCACCAAUACGUUACGCAAAAAUCUUAUCCAGGAUCAAGACUAUGUUUUACUUACAGAGAAUGCCUACAAGAAAUUGGCCUCUUGGUAUGGUGUUAAACCAGGGCAGGUAUGUGUUCUUUAAAGCUAAUUUAAUUUUUGUUUUAAAUAUGUUUGGAAAUGGCAGUGGUUGCUUACUCUAAUGGAUUUGAAAUAGAUUGAUAUUAUAUUUUACUUGGUUGCUCUUGAAUAGUUCUCUAGGAAUUCAAAAUCAUAUAAAUCUAGAAUUUUAAUUUGACUUGUAUAGUUUUACUAAGAUUAUCCAAAUAAUAGUUAACACUAAUCAAUUUUUAUUGAAUGGAGUACACCUAACCUCUACAUUAUUCCUGUUUAUUAACUUUUAUCUCACAUUUAAUUUGUUAUCAGUUAAAAUAAAAUAUUUCUGUUGGUAAAUGGCACAGUCAAUGGUUCAUUCUUCUGCUAAUUUUGUGCUGAAAAAUGUGUUUGUUUUAUAUUCAGACAUAUUUUAUCUUUGAAAUUAUCCUUUCCUUCUCCCUUGAGUCCGAAAAUUAGAAAAUUUAAUUUAUUUGUAGUUAAAAUAUAUUUUUUUUUCUUAGCAACCUAUUAUACGGAAAGUCAUUGAGCAUGGCAACUUUGUAAAACUUUGUGUGGUUGAAGUUUACCCAUUAGAUCUAAAACUGUCUGACGGAAAGUUUAUUACAACUUUUUCAUUUAGCAGGGAAGAUAAAGUGGGUAUGUAAUAGUGUAAGUUUCUCUAUUUCAGGGUUUUAUCUAUUUGUUAUGAUUUAUGGCACAUAAUAAAAUGUAGCAAAAUCAAAAAUAAGUUGCAAAUAAAAUCUACACAAUUAAAUUUUAUUUCAAUUUCAUUAAAAAAUGUAUAUCUCAGCAAGUAAUUGUUUUAAAGCAAAAAAAAAAAUCAAUUAAUAUUUUGUAAUAUUAAAACGGAUUCCAAUUUUUAAUAUAUAGUUACAGUGCCAAGCAAUGUUACUGUUAUGAAAAUGUGGACUACUACCAUUUGUUUGAUUCCUUUACAGAGUAGCAUGGCUUGCUUCACAUUAUAAGAGCAGGAGUUUAAGUUGUUAAGGGGAAAAGUAAAGAUGUUUACGCUUAACAAGUUGUCAUUAUAUUACAAAGAAAAUUGCAAUUAUUAAAAAAGAACACCUGUUAUUUGUAAAUUUUAACUUAAUCUCAGCAAAUGCAAAACAAAAAUGUUUAAUUUUUUUAAAAAUUUGAUCAACAGCAUUGCUUGAACAAGAAAUGCGUAAAAUUUUUGUGAUUUCUGAUGAAAAAGAUGUGCGUCUAUGGAAGCGUCAGAGUAAUAAAUCUCAAUUACUGACUGCAAAAGACAUGACACUAGAAAAUGUUGGGCUUUUUAAUGAUCAGGUCAUUUGUGUUUUUCUUCAUUACAAAAGCAUUUCUCAUUUCAUGGUUUAAAAAAAUAUAAUUUGUUGCAUGAAUUACACAAAGUAUGCUGGGAAAAGGUAAUUUAAAGAAGAAACUUAACUACUAAUUUGUGUAGAUAAGUAAACCUGGUUCAGCCAUUAAUUGAUUUAAAAAAAUAUAUAAUGUGCUAAAAUAAAUUUCACAAAAUAAAAUGCUAAAAUACAGGCACAUGAACAGGUGAUAAAAAUGAUUUUUAUAUUUUAAAAAAUCUAAUUUAUAAUUGUGUUAAUGUUGAAAUAUAAUUAACCAUCUUUUAGGAGUUUGGCCAAUAAGUGGCUGCUCUAAAAUAAAUCAAAUAAGCCUAUAACUAUAAACUUUUGAGAUUUUCACAAAUUAAUGGAUUUUUCAUGAUAGAUAAAAGUUUAAAAACUAAUAAUUAAUAAAUAAAAUGAUACAGAUUAGCUCCUUCAAGCUUCCUUUGGUCUUACUUAUUGGAUAUUUUCUAAUAAAAUUAAAUAAAUGAACUUGUUAUUUAGAACAUGAACAUUGAAGACUAAAAUCUUUAUUCUAAAAAAACAACAACUUUGCAUUUGUUUAAUUGCAUAUACAAUUUUAGAAUUAUGCAAGAGAUACUCUCAUUGAGUGUCAUUCAGAAAAAUGUGCGUACUCUUGACACUCAUACCCUAAUCACAAAUUAAUUUUUAUUUAAAAAUUACAUUCCUAUUUCAUUCACAAAUUGCAUAAUUUCUUUAGAUUAUUUUCAUAGAAGUAAAGAAUGAAGAUGGGUCUUGGCCAAGACAAGUACAGACUGUGGCUUCCACUGUAAAUAUUUUAUAAUUACAAAACAUUUAUAAUUGAUUAUUCCAGCACAAUUAAAUUAGUAAAAAAUAUGACUGUUUGCUUUAUUUAUCUGUUUUUUUUAAAUUAAAAAACUAUUGACAUAUUAAUGUUCUCUGCCUUAUUUUUAUUCCAGAGAGAGCCACCAUCAAAGGCAAUACCUGCUCGAAUGCAAAGUCCAGUAAUUGAUUCACAGGUAAUAAAUUAAGUAUAAACAUUUAUUUGAUCUGAAUUUAUCAUCUUAAAGCAAACUCUGAUUUGAAAAACUUCAAGAUAUUUGUCCUAAAUUUUCUUGUUUCCUGUUCCAACAUAUCUACAACUACAACUAUUACAAAUGUCAUUUUCAUUACAUUAAAUCAUUACAUUAUAGAAAAUAUUUUUAAAGAAAUGGCCUUCUAUCUUAUCAGGUAACAAGACCGUCUUUAUUUACUGAGAUGAGCAGUCCAAUAGUAAAGUCAGUUCUUGACAUGGAUGUACCACUAGAAUUGGUGGAAAAGUCAAUAAAGAAAAGACUUUUAUUAAAUCAAGGCAAAUUUGAAAGUGUAGAAGCUCUCAUGGAUGACAUAUUUAACCCUUCCAGUGAGGAAACAAAAAGUGGUCAAUGCUCUGUAAAUUUGUUGAGAUCAACACAGCUUUCAGAUGAACAGCUAAAGGAGUAUGAAGCUCUUAAAAAAUUACGGCAAUGUAAAAUUUGCCUGGAUAAAGAAGCGUGUGUUACAUUUAAGCCAUGUGGCCAUCAUGUCACUUGUAAACCAUGUGCAGACUCACUUACAGUUUGUCCAAUUUGUCGCAAAAAAAUUGAAGAGAAAAUACGUACAUUUAUGCAGUAAUUUUAAUACAAGACCGAUUAGUGUAAGUGUAAAGCGAAUAAUUAUGAUUGCUAUUUUUUCUGAAAAUAAAUACAAAUUUAAGUUUAGUUUUCAAAAACAGCUUUGGUGUGUUUAAAUUUCACUUUCAAAACACUGUAAUUCCAUGUUCACAUUCCACUAUUUAAGUUUGUUUUAUAAUCUCUUAAAAUUAAGAGUAUAUUUGCUUAACCUUAGGAACUUGAUGGAUACGGGUUAAUGAAAAGCAUGGAAUUAUUGAAAUAAAUGGUUUCAAAUUAUCUUUGAUCAGAAGGAUAAAAUGGUGAAAACUCAAACCUUAUUAUAAUCCUUAAUAAGUAUCCUAAUUGUCUCACUCUCUUUAUAUAUAUUUAUAUUAUAAAUGUUUAUAAAUAUUUAAAUUGUAAGUAUUUAUGUAUAUAAAUAUAGCAGAGUUUUUUAAUAGUACCGUACAUGUAUUGCAAAAAGUACUUGAAAUUUUGCAUUUUUACAACUAUUGGCAGCUCCGUGUUGUUACUUAAAAGUAAGCAAUGUAUUUUCAGCUUUGCUGGCCAUGUAAGAGUUUCAACAUUUUAAGGACAUUUUUUUAUAAUUUGUGUCAAUUUGAAAAAUGUUAAAACAGUAUGACAAGAAUACAUGUUUUAUGUUCUAAGGCAUUAGAAAGUCUUCAAAUGAUUGUUAUUGUCAUUGAAAAAUAUUGUUACAAACUUGUUGAUCUAAAACAUGGCAGCUCUAAUAUUUCAAUAAGAAGAAUUAUGAAGGAGGAUAUUUUAAAAAACUUUAUUCUGAUUAUUAAUAUUGUUGUCAUCUAUUUUAAAUUCUGUAGUUAGAGAUUGAAUAAUUUAAAUAGGACCCAAGAGGUUUUAUUUAACUUUAUUUGGAUCAAUAAAGAAACUUAUCUAAUAAGGAUCAACUAUUAGCAAUUUGCCAGUUUGACUUUGGGAAAAGUCUGCUUAGGCUAGAAAAAUAGCAUCACUGUGGUAGAUGUGAUCAAGGGACCACACUGUUACUUCAGUAGUUAAUAAAAAUAAUAAUCACUUAAAUAUUUCACUAAAAUUUUUUUUAAAAUAAAUAAACAAGUUAGGAUUCAGGAUUAAUACUAUUUUUUUCCUAUCUUCAAAUUUUAGGGGGGGUCUUACUCUCAACCUACCCCCCCCCCCACACACACACUUUUCCUCCCCCCACCUUUCUGUAUAUUUUCUUUUGCAUUAUUAUUCUGCAGUGGUCAAAGCUAUUGAACAUUUAAAAUACAUUCCACAUCUAAUGUGAUUUGAUCUAAAUAUAUCCUUUGGCUUGGACAAUGUACAUUUUGGGUAUUAUCCAAAAUUGGCAAGCAAAUGCAUGUAUUAAUAUAAACUGGUCUUUGGUUAUAUUGUUGGUCUUUCUUGCUUUUAAUAAUAUUCUACAUAUCUUUUGGGGUUACUUUUUUAUGUACCUCUACAUGUGAUAAAUUGAAUAGAAAAUGAAUUGUAAAACUUUAUUUUUGGAGCUUUUUUAGCUUCUUUUAAGCUUUGCAUGUUAUCAUGAGAUUUGUUCAAAAUAAAAUCAGAGGUUUAAGCUGCUUAUGACUUUUACAAAUGUUAAUUUUUUUUAAAAAUAUAUAGUCUAGUUUAUAUUGAUGAUAUAAUAUGGUUUAAGAUCAUUUAAGAUUUUUUUCUGAAAUGUCAACAAUCAAGGAUUAAUUUACUAUGCGUAAUUUUGCAAUAGAUUGUAACUUUAAAACUGGAUUCUAAGCACAUGGAGCAAAUUAUAAAUUUUCACAAACUCUUUACUCAUGGUGAUCAUACAAAUCUUUUUGAAAAGAAAUGCAAUAAUACUUUAAAAAUGGAAUACAUUAUCAAAAUAGAAGAUGACAAAAUUGUUUUGCAAUAAUUAUUUUAAAACAUUUUAAUGAAUAAUCUUACCCAUGAUGUAAAUGUUAUUUUUUAAUUAAAAAAAACAGUUGGUAAAAUGGC